UUCACGUCAUAUGCAAAGUUAAAAAGUCAUUUAGUGAUGAAAGCGCGUUAAUGGCUGACACGCGUACUUUGGAUUUGACGCGUGCGCUUGGAUGACAUAUUGCAUGGAGUUAAAUGAUAGGAUCUGCCAGGUCGCAGAAGUUGAUGUCUUGAGUACAUCCACAUCCAUGGCAACCGACUCCUUGACAGAGGAGAUGCUGAGAGAUGACCUGAAGUUUUACUUCAUGAGCCCUUGUGAGAAGUAUAGAGCCCGACGACAGUUACCAUGGAAACUAGCAGUGCAAAUCUUGAAAAUAUUUAUGAUUACACUUCAGCUCAUUCUGUUUGGCCUCAACAACCAGCUUGUGGUGUCCUACAAGGAGGAGAACUUGAUGGCUUUCAAGAACUUGUUUCUGAAGGGCUACCGUGGUGUGGAUGAGGACGACUACAGCACCGCUGUCUACACCAAACACAAUGUGUACGACAAUUUAUAUUAUGUCAUAGACCAGUACUCCCAGUUAGGAAACUUGUCUGUGGGUCCUGUUAGUUAUGCGGAGGAGAAUGGAGAAUUUCUGCCCAUGGUCAUCUGCAAAGAAAGCUACCGGCGAGGCAGCGUGGAACCAUCUGAAGGAUCUUAUGAUAUUGAUGCACAACUUGAAACAGUUUGUUUGACUCUGAAUCCAAAGACAGCAGGAACGUCGAGAGGAAACAACGCUACAUUUUUUGAGCUGGAUUUUUACAGGCUGGUUGAUAUUGAGAUUACGUUCGCGCUCAAAGGAAUAAAUUUGCAGACCGUUCGCUCACACGAGCUGCCAGACUGUUAUAAGUUUUUGGUCACGAUUGUCUUUGAUAACAGUUGCCAUAGUGGAAAGGUGAAGAUAACCCUGGAUUUCGAUGCUGUCAGUAGCGUGUGCAAGAACUGGAAGAUUUCAGGAACAGCUCAGAAGAGUACGCACUACCUUCUCUUGUUCGAUGGCUUUGUUAUUGUGGUCUGUAUGAUCUCUGCGGUACUCUGCACACGGUCCAUUAUACUCGCGGUCAGACUGCUUCAGCGUUUUUCUAGAUUCUGUCUUGAAAAUUAUGAUCUUGAAGUGUGUGAAGAUGAUCAAAGGGAAUUCCUGAAUGGCUGGUACUUCUUGGUUAUCAUCAGUGAUGUUUUGACCAUCAUUGGGUCGAUACUGAAAAUGGAAAUUCAAGCUAAGAGUUUGACUAAUUAUGACGUAUGCAGUAUCUUUUUGGGCACAUCCACUUUAUUGGUCUGGGUGGGCGUCAUCAGAUAUCUUGGAUAUUUCCAGAAGUACAAUGUGCUUAUCCUCACAAUGCGAGCAGCUUUACCAAAUGUCCUGCGUUUCUGCUGCUGUGCAGGAAUGAUCUAUCUUGGCUACACCUUCUGCGGAUGGAUCGUUUUGGGACCCUACCAUGAGAAGUUUGAAGGCCUUAGUCGUGUGGCAGAAUGUCUCUUCUCUUUGGUCAACGGGGAUGACAUGUUUCCAACGUUCGCCGAGUUUGAGCAGAAGAACACAAUGGUGUGGCUGUUCAGCCGAGUUUAUCUCUAUUCGUUCAUAUCUCUUUUCAUUUACAUGGUGCUCAGUCUCUUCAUCGCCCUCAUCACAGACGCAUACGAGACCAUCAAGGGUUACCAAACAACAGGCUUCCCCAUGACGGAGCUCAAACGGUUCCUGACAGAACGGAAGGAAGGUUUCCCCCUCCAGGGGGAGGGGGGGGCUGGUGCCGAGAGUGGAGAAACCGAGAGCGUCCACCCUUCUGUAAUGCUGUGUUGCUGCAAAAGGUAUAAUCCCAAACAUCAGCUGCAGGCCUCCAGAGUUUCCUCCAGAUCUGAGAGUUCCCAAAGAUGACACCAUCAUUCUCAUCAGCUGAAGAUGGGUGGAUCACACGUUCAAUGUCGAAUAUAUCGGAAACUGCAAUGGAGAGUCAUCGCAAUUUGAAGAGAUGCUGUGGGACUUUGCACAUGUUUGUAACUCUGUGUACAUGGUUCAUAUUCCGUGAUGGAUGGAAAAUGCCAUUUAAAUGUGAAAUGCCAAAUGGUGUUAAGACCAGCAUUAGCUAAUGUAAAAAAAUGCCAAACCCGCAGCUAAGUGCUCUGCGAUGCAAUUAAGGCCGAGUAAUGAAGCGUUUUGCGGAUCGAAUGGCCGACUCAGGAAAUGUUGGAAGCAUCUUGUUGUGCAAUCUGUAAAAUUAUACCCAGUCCUUUGUUGUAAACUGGAGAAAAUAUCGUUAUUUAUUAAGUCACGAGGGAUUGUUCACCCUAGAUGUUUUAUAUUAAAGCACUUCAAAUUCUGCAUUCGUGUCAGUUUUUACUGACUUUACAUUUUAAACGUAUUGCGGUAAUGCGUUAAUGGUAAUGCAUUCGCAACUGGCUCUCCGUCUAUAUGUUAUAGUUCCAACAUGUGAAAUGUUGAAGGACUCAUUGCUAUCUGUAUGCGUAUCACCGGAUGAAUCUUUCAAGCUUUGUCAUGUGUUGUAGCUGUUGCUUCCUAUAGAUCAACAUUCUUUUGAAUGUGAGUCAAUUCUCAUUCUUUAUUCAUUUCAUCCUUUAAUUAUUAACUGGGCCGAGCAAUACGUUCAUAUUUGACAUUCUUUGUAACCAGUUAUUCAUUGGGAGAAAGACUCAUAGUAAACAGUCACAACAAUCAUAGUAAAAAUAAAUAACUUUUAAUUGCAAACUA